GAAUUCACCCAGUGGAUAUCUUCGCAUCAGGCACAACAUGUUAGAACAAAGAUAGGUUGUGUGUAAGAGUAAACCAUUGGAAACUACCUGAACAUGCGUCAGAAAGGAACCAAGUUCUGUGCAUGUUGCAACAGCCACAAGAGAACAGGAUGCAGCCAUUCCAAAGAAAGCAGUAGCUCUUGACGAAAGGAUAUGAAAUCAUCUCCCAGAUGUACUGCUAAAAGAAAAAUGCAAGGUGCCAGGAUGCAAGUGAAGAAGUACCUGCUGAAGUGCCUGCACCGGCUGCAGAAGGGCCCCGGCUACACCUACAAGGAGCUGCUGGUGUGGUACUGCAACAACACAAACACCCACGGCCCCAAGCGCAUCAUCUGCGAGGGGCCCAAGAAGAAGGCCAUGUGGUUCGUGCUCACCCUGCUCUUCGCCGCCCUCGUCUGCUGGCAGUGGGGAGUCUUCAUCAGGACCUACCUGAACUGGGAGGUCAGCGUCUCCCUGUCUAUCGGCUUCAAGACCAUGGACUUCCCGGCCGUCACUAUCUGCAACGCCAGCCCCUUCCGGUAUUCCAAAGUCAAGCAUCUGCUGAAGGACCUGGAUGAACUGAUGGACGCAGUCCUAGAGAGGAUCUUGUCUCCUGAGUCAAGCCAUGCCAAUGCCACCAGUGCCCUGAACUUCACCAUCUGGAGCCACACGCCUCUGGUCCUUAUCAAUGAGCAGAACCCCCACCACCCAGUUGUCCUUGACCUCUUUGGGGACAACCACAAUGGCUCAGCAAGCAGAAGGAUCUGCAGUACCCAGGGGUGCAAAGUAGCCAUGAAACUAUGCAGCCUCAAUGGGACUGUGUGCACCUUCCGGAACUUCACCAGUGUCACCCAGGCGGUGACAGAGUGGUACCUGCUGCAGGCCACCAACAUCUUCUCCCAGGUGCCAUCCCAGGAGUUGGUGAAGAUGGGCUACCCGGCUGAGCAGCUGAUCCUGGCCUGCUUGUUCGGGGCAGAGCCCUGCAGCUACAGGAACUUCACGCCCAUCUUCCAUCCUGAUUAUGGUAACUGCUACAUCUUCAACUGGGGCAUGACAGAGAAGGCCCUCCCUUCCGCCAACCCCGGAGCUGAGUUUGGCCUGAAGCUGAUCCUGGACAUUGGUCAGGAAGACUACGUGCCCUUCCUCACGUCCACGGCUGGCGCCCGGCUGAUGCUUCACGAGCAGAGGUCAUACCCCUUCAUCAAAGACGAGGGCAUCUACGCCAUGUCAGGGACGGAGACAUCCAUCGGCGUGCUGGUGGACAAGCUGGAGCGCAAGGGGCAGCCCUACAGCCAGUGCACCGUGAACGGCUCCAACGUCCCCGUCCGGAACCUCUACAGCAACUACACAACUACCUACUCCAUCCAGGCCUGCAUUCGCUCCUGCUUCCAAGACCAGAUGAUACAAAACUGCAGUUGCGCCCACUACCUAUACCCUCUGCCCCCAGGGGAGAAAUACUGCAACAACCAGGAGUUCCCAGACUGGGCCUAUUGCUACACGGAGCUGCGCAUGAGCGUGGCCAAGCGGGAGACCUGCAUCAGCAUGUGCAAGGAGUCUUGCAAUGACACCCAGUACAAGAUGACCAUCUCCAUGGCCGACUGGCCUUCUGAGUCCUCCGAGGACUGGAUUUUCCAUAUCUUAUCUCAGGAGCGGGACCAAAGCACCAAUAUCACCUUGAGCAGGGAGGGAAUUGUCAAGCUCAACAUCUACUUCCAAGAAUUCAACUAUCGCACCAUUGAAGAGUCAGCGGCCAAUAACAUCGUGUGGCUGCUCUCAAAUCUGGGUGGCCAGUUUGGCUUCUGGAUGGGGGGCUCAGUGCUGUGCCUCAUUGAGUUUGGAGAGAUCAUCAUCGACUUUGUGUGGAUCACCAUCAUCAAGCUGGUGGCCUUCAGCAGGAGCCUGCGGCAGAAGCGGACCCAGGCUCACUACGACGGCCCGCCACCCACUGUGGCUCAGCUGGUGGAGGCUCACACCAACUUUGGCUUCCAGCCUGACGUAGCCAGCCACAGCCCUGACCCAGCUGCCUACCCCAGUGAACAGACCCUACCCAUCCCUGGCACCCCACCUCCCAACUACGACUCCCUGCGUCUGCAGCCACUGGAUGUCGUUGAGUCUGACAGUGAAGGCGAUGCCAUCUAGACUCUGCUCCUGCCCACACCAGGCAACCCCAGAACUCAGACCUGAAAAGCCAAGAUUGCUGUCCAGAGCCUCAUCCUGUCUCUCCAAAAGGCUGGGUUGAUGGGUGUCCAAGGCCAGAGUCUGUGUCGCUCUACAGAGGCCAGCAGCUCCCGACCAGUUCCAGACCAAGGGCUCCAUAGGGCACUGGUACGGAGUCAGGAAUCGUGUACUCAUUUGGUUCCUGCCCCCACCUCCAACCUGACCUGGUCCUUGGCCUGGGAUGUGCCCAGCCUGCUCCAGGCACCCCAGAAUACCCUCCCCUGCGAGCAGGCCAACUUCCUCCUGCUGCCAGUCACUGUCUGCUCCAGAGCUGAACAGGCAGGCAUGCCAUGCUGUCUGCCGGGGAACCAGCAGCCUUGCUCUUUCUGGCCCUGACUGGCCUCUGUGAAUGGUUCAGUGAAGGCAGCAGCUGUGGGGAGCAGGAGGGGCAUCAGGCGCAGGAGGCCCUGCCAGGUGCCACAUGUUUUGUUCUAAAAAAUAAAAGUAGAAAACUUGUU